AGUAGGCAGGUCACACAUUUCCUUUACUAGCUAGCGCUACUUUUUACACCACCCCACUUUUUUGUGUCGUGUAUUUUAGCUGCUUAUUUUACCGAUCAUCUGCUUGCUCUAACUCAUCUCACUUUUGUUGCAUAACUUUCGUUUGUACUUCCGUUUCAUCCCGAGAUGCGUUCUUUUGAAGCGGACUCCAUCAGGAUUGACGAACUGUCAGAUUUACUGGAGCAUGCUCAACCCACCCUUAUUGUCGAUACCCGCCCAUUCCUUUCUUUCAGACAGUCCCACGUCACAGGCUCGGUUAACCUCUACGUUCCGCCCCUGUUGCUCCGACGGCUCCGUAAAAACGGGUGCUACAGCGUGGAAAGACUCACCAACUGCCAGGACGUCAAAAACAAACUUAGCAUCAGACACGACGUCCCAGUGAUAGUGUACACGGACACACAAAGCACUCGAGCCUCCCCGCAGAUACUGAGGGCUGUUGUGGACACCUUGCUAGGAGACUGCCAGAAACUCUAUGUUUUGGAGGAUCCCUACGAAGAUUUCGCUACAUACUACCCCCACCUGGUAUCAAAAGAAAACGGCACCAAGAGUGACCCGGACCCAGGCUGGAAAUCAACUCCAGUUCGAUCACGAUCACCCCGCGGAUCCUCUUACAUAGGAGCCAGUAAACCCGCAGAGAUAAUCCCCUUUCUGUACCUUGGUAACGAGAGAGACUCUGCCGACUUGACUCUACUCAGAAAACUCGGCGUCUCCAAGGUGCUGAACGUGUCAAGGAACUGUGUCAACCAUUUCCCCGAAUAUUUUGAAUACCUGAACGUUCCAGUGGAGGAUCGGGUGUAUGCGGAUAUUUCACAGCAUUUCAACAAAGCUCUCCAGUUUAUCGAACACGCCCGAAGUGAAGGUUGCAGUGUAUUGGUACAUUGUAGAGCAGGGAUCUCGCGGAGCGCAACUGUUAUCAUCGCAUAUUUGAUUCAGUACUACGACUACAGUAUGGAGGAAGCUUUCGACUUCAUCAAAGUUAAACACCCAGUCGUGUCCCCCAACUUCAACUUCAUGGGACAACUCCUACAAUUCCAGAAUCUCCACCGUACCAAGAAGAGUGAGGGAAGUACCCCUGAACUGUUCGAGCGUCAGGAGGAGGAAGAGGAGGAGGGCGGGGACAACCCCGCGCUUGCAGACAACCUUGACAGUGGUCUGUUCGCUGAUCCUGGAGGAGAUGUUCUGGAGGAGUUUCCUGUGUUAGAGUUACAACCAGUCCCCCUCCCCUCCAAACACACGUCUUUCUCUUUCGGAGAGUGACGUCAUGAGCUUAGUGACGUCACACUAUGACGUCACCAUGACGUCAUCACCGCGUCUCUUUGUGUGACGUCUUACUAGGAUAACGUUCAGUGAUGGCCUGUUUUUUUGUGUUGAUAACGUGUCAUCAUUUCAUAUAUAUGACUACCCAAUCUCCCCAACAAACAGUUGGUAGGAGGUCGGGAUUUGUUUGAGGACAAUUAGUUGCCGUUGACAAAACAAAUAGUGGUCCAAUUGACACUUGGACAAGUUAAAAUCUUAUAUCUUAGUGCGACUAAUCGUCCUCGGAGUUUUAAGGUUACGUUUCUGUAUAUAAAAUGUACGCUGAUGUUUACUAAUCUGAUAUCGCACCGUUAAAAAAAAUGUUGUUUAAUAACCUUUUCAAGUUUUAUAUUUGACAACCAGAAUUUUUGAAUAUUUUAACGUUUCACGGCUUACAAAACUUCAAUCCACAAGCUUUAAAAGAUAUAACGUUAUUUUGAUAAGAUCCAUAAACACUUAUUAUGAUAAUCUUAAUUUGAUCAUCACUUUUAAGUGCUUAACAUUUUAUUUUCAUGAAAACAUAUUUUCACCAAAAACAUGUUGACUGCUCAUUAACAGGGAUAAUUAAUCGUUUUGUAUUUAUUUUUAUGUGCAAGUAUGUGGUCUCGGGAAGGUAUGAAGCUGGACGGGGCAGGUAAUUUAGGGUGACAACUACCGCUGUGCAGCGACCAAUUUGAAAUUCAACUAUGAAAUGCGAGAAAGCAUUGAGUUGGCUGAUUAUAGGAGUGUACAGAAGCUAGUUCAGGUGUUGUUCAGAGUUCAGUUUCAGCAAGUCUGUCGGACAACUGGUCACCUUUUAUUUGAAAUAUUCACCGUAACUUGAUUAUAUCGUGUUAAUUGCAUGAUGUUCGGGAGUUGCCUACUCAAUAAGUCAAACUAUUUUUAAGGACCAUAUAUUAUCUGAGAUCUUUAAUUUCAACUUUAAAAGUUUUCCAGUUUAGAUGAAGCUACCGGACACCAUAAUAACGAUAAAAACAUUAAAUGGACCAGUUUUCCGACAGAGAUUGCCAAGCAUCACAUAGUUAAAUUCAUUGAAAAAAACCUGAACUCGCUUCUUUUCGCCCUCAAAACUAGUUAUUGAUGAUUUGUCAGGAAUGUAAUUGUUUAAUGGAUCUCCUAGAUAUCUCACUUGAUGUAUACCCACAAGGAUGUCGAUGUAUAGAGUGUAUUUUCAGUUAUCAUAAUCCGUGAGGUAUGUAAUGACGAGUCAAACAUUGUGUUAUCUCUCUCAGACUGGAGACAGUGUCAUUAUAUAUUGCGAUCAACUUUUAUUGACCAAUUAUUUAAUACUAAUUGAUAUUUAUAUUUCAUUUUCACAACCUUAUU